UCUUUGGACGAGUUUUCCUUUGCUUCCAUAUAAAAGCCUUAUCUUCCCGUUACAGUCAUCGUUUUCGGUUCUCCACGGCAGACGCACAGAGAGAGAGAGAAUGGCAACCCUUACGCUGCCUCGGCCGAUCCCUUCUCCCGCUGAGGAUUCCGAGCAACUGAGGAAAGCUUUCGCAGGAUGGGGAACAAAUGAGGCAUUGAUCAUCAAGAUUUUGGCUCAUAGGAACGCAGCACAACGUAAAUUAAUUCGUCAAACUUACGCAGAAACUUAUGGGGAAGACCUCCUUAAAGCACUUGACAAGGAGCUUUCAAGUGACUUUGAGAGAGCAGUACUGCUAUGGACACUCGACCCUGCUGAACGUGAUGCAUUUUUAGCUAAUGAAGCUACAAAGAGAGCGACUUCAAACAAUUGGGUUAUCUUGGAAAUAGCCUGUACCAGGUCUUCACAUGACCUAUUUUUGGUGAGGCAAGCCUAUCAUGCUCGUUAUAAGAAAUCCCUUGAAGAAGAUGUUGCAUAUCACACAACUGGGGACAUCCGCAAGCUUUUGGUGCCUCUUGUGAGCUCAUUUCGAUAUGAGGGAGUUGAUGAGAUAAACAUGACGGUGGCCAAAUCAGAAGCAAAGAUACUUCAUGAGAAAAUCUCGGAGAAGGCUUACAAUCACGAGGAGCUCAUCAGGAUCUUGACCACAAGGAGCAAAGCACAGCUCAAUGCAACACUCAAUCACUACAACAAUUCAUUUGGAAAUGCUAUCAACAAGGAUCUGAAGACUGAUCCCAAGGAUGAAUACCUCAAGUUACUGAGAGCAACAAUAAAGUGCUUGACAUGCCCUGAGAAAUACUUUGAGAAGGUUCUACGUUUGGCCAUCAACAGACUGGGGACGGAUGAAUGGGCUCUUACCAGAGUCAUCACAACAAGGACAGAGGUUGACAUGCAGCGCAUUAAAGAGGAGUACCACAGAAGGAACAGUGUCCCUCUGGAUCGGGCAAUCGCAGGAGAUACUUCUGGUGACUAUGAGAAAAUGCUUCUUGCCCUAAUUGGGCAUGGCAGUGCUUGAGCUAGAGUUUAGCAAGCAGUGCUGCUUCCUUCUGGUACUGGGGGAGUGGAAUCAAUGGAGUGAGGUUUUAUUAGUGUAUUGCUGACAUGAGUUUUCAUGCUUGGGUGUUAAGGCUUGUCUUGCUCUUGUGUGGGGAUUCUGUUUUCCUUGGGCGAGUGCAAGUGGGUAUACAAAUAAAUGAAUAAAUAAAGAAACUCUUGAAUA